AGUAGUGGUGUCCCCACGCCACGUGGGAGAAAAAAAAUCUGAAUGCCCACAAAAACAGAUGGAGAAUAAAGGGUUGUAUUAAGCUGGAAUCUUUCUAUGUGAUUUUGCUUUUCGUUUCGUAGUUCAGUCCAUAUGUCCAUUAAAGCUUCAAAAGCAUUGUAUAAUUGCAAAUAUUAUGUCCUAAAAAGCUUAAAGAUAGAAGGAGAAAGUAGAAGCAAAAUUCUGUCGGUUAAAACUUAAACAGUAGUUUGGCACUGAUUUUCAUAAAACCCAUGUCACUAGCUUGCCUUUCUCUGUGAAUUAAAAAUUUUUCACAUGUUAAAUUGUAACUGAUACAUCCUGGUAAAGCCCGCAAAUCACGUUUUCGAGUUGAAAAGUUCAAGAUUUGUAACGAGCAAGGAUUUUAAACUUGCAGGAGGAAAAUGCAUGCAGAGAAUCUUGAAAUAGUUAUGAAGCCCUAGUUGAAGUUUAAGGUUGCUUCAUUUGAAGGUAAUUCAUCAGAAAUUUGUUCAGAAUAUUUUCUUGGAGGAUUAGACUUGGGCAAAGGCUUUCACUGGAGAAGAAUAAGUUCUUGUUCACAAUUCCCAUACUUUUCAAAUUUUUUGAUCAAUAAAUUCUAUAUCUUGAUGGCAGAAAAAGUCAGCCAUAUAACAUUUCUAGUUUUGUUUAUCCUCUCAAUAUUAGUUACCUAUACAGAGCAGCUUCAAUCAUCUCAAAUACAGACCCUUCUGAGAAUUCAACAACUUCUAAACAAUCCACCCUUUUUGAAUAGUUGGAAUAAUGUCACAGAUUUUUGCAACUUGGAACCAAGGCCGAGUCUGACUAUCGUUUGCUACGAAGGUAGCAUAACUCAGUUGCAUAUUAUAGGAGACGAGGGUGCUCCUCAAUUACCCGAGAGUUUCUCCAUUGAUUCCUUUGUUACUACACUUGUUAGGCUUCCUAGUUUGACAGUCCUUAAAUUGGUUUCUCUUGGUUUAUGGGGGCCGUUGCCUACUAAACUUACACGGUUAUCAUCACUGGAAAUACUAAACUUGAGUUCAAAUUUCUUUCAUGGAACCAUACCGCCUCAAAUUUCUUUAUUGACACAUCUUCAGACUCUAAUACUCGAUGGGAAUAACUUUACUGGUGGACUUCCAAAUGGCCUGGAUUCCCUUUCAGCUUUGGCUGUGUUGAGUGUGAAGAACAAUUCUUUAUACGGAUCACUGUCUGAGUCGCUGGGAAGUUUGGAAAACCUCAGGGUCCUUGCGUUGUCGAAUAACAAAUUCUCCGGUGAAGUACCUAAUCUCAGCAGUUUGGAAAACCUUCAAAUUCUUGAUUUGGAGAAUAAUGCUCUAGGCCCUCGAUUCCCUGUAAUUAGUAAUAAGAUCGAAAGAAUUGUGUUGAGGAAAAACAAAUUCACAUUUGGCAUUCCAGAGAAAGUUCAAUCCUAUAAUCAACUCGAGCACUUAGAUAUAUCGUCCAACCGAUUUGUGGGACCAUUUCUAGUUUCCUUGCUAUCCCUACCGUCGAUUGCUUAUGUAAAUAUUGCAGAUAAUAAAUUCACAGGUAUGCUUUUCGAAGAUCUUCCUUGUAAUCCUAGUCUCCACUUUGUGAACUUGACUUUGAAUCUGUUGUCUGGAAAAUUGCCAAGCUGUUUGGUUCCAAGUUCCAAACCUAUGGUUGUGUCAUAUGCUGGGAAUUGUUUGGCAACGGGAGAUAAAAAUCAGCAUCCAAUUUCGUUCUGUAAGAAUGAGGCUCUAGCUGUAGGAAUCUUACCUCAUCACGAGAAGCGAAAAAAAGUUUCGAAAAUAGCUCUUGCUUUAAGUGUAACCGGAGGAAUUAUUGGAUCAAUCAUUCUAGUUGCUAUAGCCCUUUUAGUAGUCAGAAAUUUUAUUGCACAGAGACCUCUAACAAAACCCCCAGUAAGAUUUAUAGAAGAGAAUGCAUCGACUAGCUACACCUCAAACUUUCUUCGAGAUGCAAGGUAUAUAACUCGAGCAACGAUGCUAGGAGCACUUGGCCUUCCUGCUUACCGGACCUUUUCACCGGAAGAGCUUGAGGAGGCAACAAACAACUUUGAUAUAUCGACCUUCAUUAGUGAAGGAUCUCAUGAUCAGAUGUACAGAGGUCAGCUGAAGAAUGGCUCCUUCGUUGCAAUUAGAUGCCUGAAAACGAAAAGUAGCUACGGCACUCAACAUUUUAUGCCUCACAUAGAAUUAAUGUCAAAACUCAGACAUCACCAUUUGGUCAGCUCUCUCGGACAUUGCUUUGAGUAUUACUUGGAUGAUUCAAGUGUUAGCAGAGCAUUUCUCGUCUUUGAAUAUGUGCCCAAUGGGACUCUCAGGAGCUGGAUAUCUGAGAAGCACAUUAAACGAAAACUUACCUGGGUACAGCGCAUUGCAGCUGCCAUUGGGGUAGCAAAGGGUAUCCAAUUCCUGCAUACGGGAAUUGUACCAGGUCUCUUUUCGAAUAAUUUCAAAAUAACAGAUAUUUUAUUGGAUCAGAACCUUGCUGCAAAAAUUAGCAGCUACAACCUGCCUUUGCUAGCAGAGUAUGUGAGAAAAGAUCAUCUCCAAAAUGUUCUCAGUGGAUCAAACGAUUUUAAAAGUGCUAGAGUGAGACAUCAGGACAAGUUCGACAUUUAUGACUUUGGUGUAAUACUGCUAGAAAUCUUUUCAGGGAAGCCGAUAAAUUUGAGGAACGAAGUUGAGGUUCUAAAAGAUCAGUUACUCGCCAGCAUAACAGCCGAUGAUGCAUCAAGUGUCGUUGAUCGAGCGAUCAACGGCUCGUGCUCUAAUGAAUCGUUAAAAACGAUGAUGGAGAUAUGUUACAGGUGUUUGCACAAGGAUCCAGUCGAUAGACCUUCUAUCGAAGAUGUGCUAUGGAAUUUGCAAUUUGCUAGCCAGGUCCAGGAUGCAUCAAGAGCAGACUCCCAUAGCAGUGAUGGCUCUCUGAUUUCACCUAUGCAAUCGUCGAACUUAAAGCUCACUAUCAGGCAGUAGAUGAAGUUUUAUCGCAUGCCCUUUUGUCUGGAUUACACCCCAAACACAGAUCAACACCACUCUCAGGUGUUUCUUUCUGACAUUUCAAGAUCAAGACACGGAAUUAAAUUCCUGAAAACUUGUCGGUUUGUCUAGUUCUUUGGAAAAGACGAGGUUUUAGCAUAGAUUUGAAGUCUAUGUACACAACAAUGAAGAAUGUUAUAUGCUGUCAUGUCAUGUACUUUGUAAAAUAACAAUAGACGAAUUUAAUGUUGAAGACAAUGUAAGUGUUUUUGUGUUACUUCUACAACAGGCAUAUCGCCAUAAAUGGUUGAGAACA